UAAGAAAACUUGGGAGUUAGAAAAAGCCAUUCUACCAAUUUUCCCUUCUCCUUUUGCUUUGGGGUGUAAUUUGACCAAGAAAUUUUAUGGCAUUUUACAAUGAAGGGCAACUCCUUAGCAAAAUAUUCAUAUCUUUAUAUAGCUGGGCUGACCUUUUAACCAAAAUCUGCUUUUGCAGAACUGGAAUUGCAGGUUUAAACUGACAAGUCAGAAAUGCUUCUCACAAACAAGCAGCAUAAGAUCAGCCAGACAGAGUCAUAAGACACAGUAGACGAAAAGGAAAAAAAAGGACUGUGCUGUUGAGUACUACUGUAUUUCAGAAAAGUUAAAUCAAUCUAUUGUUAGCUCUCAGCACCAAUCGAGCUUUUGGUUCCCCGUAAAACAAGACAAGUACUGCCACAGCCCGCAUUGCAACAGGAAAAGCUGUGAAGGGGAAUUCAAAGACUGGGAAUAAACGUUUCACACGGCGAAUUGAAUAAGAUGGUGGACCACCUGGCAAACACCGAUGCCAACACUCAGCGUAUCACCAUGGUGGAAAAUUGCUUCGGAACAACUGGCCAGCCCCUGGCAGUGCAAGGCCGAGUGCUUGUGGGGGAAGGCUUGCUGACCAAAGUGUGCCGCAAAAAGCCUAAACCCAGAAUGUUUUUCCUGUUUAAUGACAUCCUGGUCUAUGGAAGUGUCAUCAUCCCCAAGAAGAAGUUCGUGAGCCAACAUAUAAUACCUCUCGAGGACAUCAACAUUGAGGAUCUUGUGGACGAUGAUGGUCUGAAAAAUCGAUGGAUGGUAAAAACCUCCCAAAAAUCAUUCAUAGUGUGUGCGGUGACCCCCUUUGAGAAAGAAGACUGGCUCAAGCACAUUAACAGAUGUGUUGAACAACUGAUGGAAAAGACAGGAAGAAAGCAAUCUACUGAGCAUGCAGCCCCCUGGAUACCAGAUAAAAUGACUGAGAUCUGCAUGCGCUGCACUCAAACCAAAUUCAAUGCCAUGGUCCGUAAGCAUCACUGCCGGAAAUGUGGUUUUGUGGUGUGUCAAUCCUGUUCAAAGCAGAAAUUUCUCAUGCCAAAACAGUCCUCCAAGCCUUUGAGAGUAUGUACGCUCUGUUAUGAUAAACUGGUGGAACAUCAGAAGAAAGAGUUAGCGACAGAAGUGGAUGCGCUUUCCACCGUUGGCAACGCAACAAUGUCCAGCGGCGAAGACGACAGUGACAAGUCAAGUGAUGAGGACAAACAUGAGCAGUGGAUGAACCAAGAUCCCUUCUUUUUAGAAGAUCAUCCUCGGUCUUCUUUCCACACCUAAGACCUAACAAACUCAAUCGCAGUGAACUAAAGAAUUACCCUAACAGUUAAGCAAGGCCCUCCCCGCCAACAAGCAAUUUUGUCAAGCAACAUGGUGUUGAGGAUUCCAGCAAAGAUUUGUAAUCUUUUUGACUGAUCCGAGAAAAAUAUUCCCAUACUUUUCUUUGGGGUUUUUCGGACAUCAUCUCUCUUUGCCUCUACUCCUCUUGAUUUCAACUACCAGCUUGGAUGCAAACCUUUGACUGUCCAGUGCUUUGGGAUGUCCUUCCGACAUGAAAGACACUUUAUAAAUGCAAUUUGUUGUAGUUGUUUCUUGGGUGCUGUACAAAUCUGAUGUGUAAAACAUUCUUUCAGAGAUUGGUGUAAUGCUGCAGAACUCAGAGCAACCCUUGCUCCAUUAGUGGGUGGUGAGAGAAAUAAUACAUUUUCACUGUCAUUGAUUUGCUUUUCCUGAGAUCACAGAUAAAGACUCAAGGCCGAUAGAGCAAGACACAACAAAGGGUGAAAAGAAUACAAUAGCAAGGAAAAUGAUUAGGUCCAUAACGUUGCUCAGUUGGAUAAAUGAAGUAUGAAAUUAAAUGGUUUAUCUACUCUAUAAGCAUCAACAGCUUGCUGUUACAUAGAGCAAGUUUCAGGUUAGAUAGUCUCUCAAGUGUUUUGAAGGAUCCGUAUGGAACCGGAGCACAGUGUGAAGUAAUGAGGAUGGAGGAAGAUAUUCAAAAGCACAAUUUAAGAGGUAGGUCUUUAGAAGAGUUCUGAAGACAGGGUGUGAGGCAGAGGGAUUUUGAAAAGAGUUCCAGGCAGCAUGUGCUAAGUGGCCAAAAUCUCACUUGGCAAUGGGGGUGAGGGCAGAUCAGAAGGAGAUGGGCAGGAGAUUGCAGAGGUAGAGUAGGCAAAAUGUUUAAACUGUGUGUUCUCUAGUUUGCAUUUGACACGGUAGAAAUGGUAAAAUGAAGUCAUGUACUUAUUCAGGCUUGAAAAAGAACUUUGUACUCAUAGAAUUUAACCAGAAUUGCUACAAACUAAUCAAAUGAGCUAUAAAAAGCUAUAAAAACCUAGUAGUUUGGAUAAGCUGUAAAUAAACGUAUCAGGUAAAAAGCUUUUAAUCAGAUAAUGGUUACUUAUCGCACAUAAUAAGGUGAAAGUUUGGGCUUGUCGAGCGUUGAUUGUUUUGCUCAGACAAAUUGUAAUUAUAUUCACAAUAUAUUCAUUAUAUUUUUAUGUGUUUGUGGAUCUGCAACAAUGUUAAUAUGUUAUAUUUCUCUGAAAUCAUUUUGGUCAAAAAUAAAAUUCAUUCAUUUCAAAA